GACUGCAAACCGACAUUAAAUACUAUAUAGAGAUUCGUCUUUUGACCAGUCUUCUGCUAAGCUGAACCGUUUGCAUGGCUAUAGGACAAGAAGAUCUCGAGUUCAAAACACUACUAGUACUUCAAUUCUCAACAAGAUCUUCCCAACUUUGAACUAAGAAUCAAAAUAACUAAGAAGAUAUGCAAGGGAAGAAAGGACAAGAAAACAUCUAAGAACUGCUUACCUUCUUUUUCAAACUCCAUUAAUGUCAAAACCACCAACUGCAGUAUAUAAGAUCAAACGCCUCAAUCUUCCUGGCACAGUAUUCUCUUCCAGUCUUCCAACUACAAUUUUCUCUCAUAAACAGGAUGAGAAGUUUGACUUCUUUCAUGCUUCUUUUUCCUUAUGCGCUAGCUGUUCUAACCAUUGUUCCGCCACUAAUCUCUUGUGAUCUCAUCUCUGAAACAUGUGACCAAACCCCAAAUGAUCGCCUUUGUGUUAAAAUUCUGAGGAAAGACAAUCGGAGUCUUGAUGCAGAUGUUGCCGGUCUGGCCCUGGUCACGGUUGAGGCAGUUAGAGACAAGGCAAACUCAACGUUGCAAAGCAUCAAGGAGCUAAAAAGGUCUAAUCUAACACUGGCAAAUGCGCUAAUGGAAUGCCAAGAAAACUACUAUGUAAUCCUCAGAAUUGACGUUCCAAAAGCUGUGGGAUCAAUGAGAGAAAACCCAAGACUUGCUGAACAUGGGAUGGCUGAUGCUGUUAUAGAAGCUCAGGGGUGUGAAGCAAGUUUGAACAAACUAGAGCAGUCACCACUGGCUGACGUGAACGCUGCCGUUUAUGACCUGUCUGUUGUGGCUCUGUCCAUAAUCAGGAUAAUGUUACAUAGACUCUAUACUGUUAAUUAGAACAUGGUUGGAUUCAAUGAAUAAAAAAAUGAUGAUUGACGUCUAAGAACUGGACAUCAAGGCUCAAGAUUUCCUC